AUGGCAAACCCUCGAACAGAGUUAAUCCUCAAAAAAUGUGGAAAAGGGCAUGUGCAAAACAUGCCAAAGUACUACGAGAAUUAUUCGAAAGUCUUGCAAUCAAUGCAAAGGGAGAUGCAGAAGAAAAAGUCUGCUACCGGCGAAGAAGGCAACGUACCUAACCGUGUUUACGUGUUACCGCAGUGCAUGAAUGACCUUUCCACUGAAGAUUGUCACACCUGCUUCUCUAAAAUCAAUACCUUAUUGCCUGGUUGCUUUCCAUCAGCCAGUGGUCGUGUCUUUUUCGAUGGCUGCUGCAUCAGGGUCGACAAUUAUAGUUUCUUUCAUGAAUCCAAUUCGUCUGAUGAUACGUCGAGAUGCAGUGAUUCCCAGGAUGGUUCGAAGCAAUUUUUAAGCAUGGCACACAUUGUGAUUGAUAAGUUGGUACACAAGGCACUGGAUAACAAAGGCUAUACAGUGUGGCAUGCGACAUCUUAUGGUAUACCAGUCUAUGGUAUGGAAAAUUGCUGGGAGAUGUUGGAAUCUAGCUCCUGUGCCUCUUGCCUGGAAGAUGCAAAGAAAAGUCUUAUAAGGUGCUUGCCAGCAGUAGAGGCGCAUUCACUCAAUGCUGGCUGCUUUUUGCGUUACUCAGAUUAUGACUUCAUUAACAAGGAAGGUUUAUUGUCAAAUGAAGAUGGGGUUUUUGUAUACCUCUUGUAUGUUCUUGGUGCAGUUGGCAUCUGUUUAUUGGCAAUCCUCUCAGGAUGUUUUUCAGGCAAAUUCAUCUACACCCUACGCCAAAAUAAUAUAAAGGGAUUGGAUAUGGACUUAACAGUAAUGAAGAUGAGCUUUCGUUUCAGAUAUACAACACUGAAAAAAGCUACUGAAGGCUUCAGUGAAGCCCACAAGAUUGAUCAAGGAGCAUUUGAUGGUAGAGAAAUGGCCAUAAAACGGUUAUUUAUAGCAGGCAAGCUUCGAGUUCAGGAGGUCUGCAAUGAAGUGGAUGUCAUUGGUCAAGCCCAACACAAGAACUUAGUUCGCUUCCUUGGUUGUUGCUUUACUGAUGAAGACGGUUUCCUUGUCUAUGAAUUCCUCGCAAACAAAAGCCUUGACCUCAUGUUAUUUGGUAUGCUAUCAAAAAUAACAGCAAAUCUCAAUCUCCUCUGA